AUGAAGGGAGACAAGCCUGAGGAGCCAGGGCCGGGCCCCGAGCCUUCGGGCCCCCCGCCGCCCACGGAGGAGGAGGAGGCCCUGCUCGAGUUCCACCGCUCCUACCGGGAGCUCUUCGAGUUCUUCUGCAACAACACCACCAUCCAUGGCGCCAUCCGCUUGGUGUGCUCACAGCACAACCGCAUGAAGACAGUCUUCUGGGCCGUGCUCUGGCUCUGUACCUUCGGCAUGAUGUACUGGCAAUUCGGCCAGCUCUUCGGAGAGUACUUCAGCUAUCCCGUCAGCCUCAACAUCAACCUCAACUCGGACAAGCUCAUCUUCCCCGCUGUCUCCAUCUGCACCCUAAACCCCUACAGGUACAAGGAAAUUCAAGAGGAGCUGGAGGAGCUGGACCGCAUCACGGAGCAGACGCUCUUCGACCUGUACGAGUACAACUCCUCCAACUCCCUUGCGGCCCACGCCCGCGCCCGCGCCCGCCGCGACCUGCAGAAGCCGCUGCCGCACCCCCUGCAGCGCUUGCCCGUCCCGGCUCCGCCCCACGCGGCCCGCAGAGUCCGCCGCGCCGGCUCCAGCGUGCAGGACAACAACCCCCAGGUGAACAGGAAGGACUGGAAGAUCGGCUUCCAGCUGUGCAACCAGAACAAAUCGGACUGCUUCUAUCAGACGUACUCGUCAGGGGUGGAUGCUGUGAGGGAGUGGUACCGCUUCCACUACAUCAACAUUCUGUCCAGACGGAGACAGGACACCUCUCCCUCGCUGGAGGAGGACGUGCUGGGCAAAUUCAUCUUCACCUGCCGCUUCAACCAGGACUCCUGCAAUGAGGCGAAUUACUCUCACUUCCACCACCCAAUGUAUGGAAACUGCUACACUUUCAAUGACAAGAACAGCUCCAACCUCUGGAUGUCCUCCAUGCCCGGGGUCAACAACGGUCUGUCCCUGACACUGCGCACAGAGCAAAAUGACUUCAUUCCACUGCUGUCCACGGUGACUGGGGCCCGGGUGAUGGUGCAUGAACGGGAUGAGCCUCCCUUUAUGGAUGAUGCUGGCUUUAAUCUGCGACCCGGCGUGGAGACCUCCAUCAGCAUGAGUAAGGAAGCUGUGGACAGACUCGGGGGCGACUAUGGCGACUGCACCAAGAAUGGCAGCGAGGUCCCAGUGGAGAACCUUUACAAUACCAAGUACACGCAGCAGGUGUGCAUUCAUUCAUGCUUCCAGGCGAGCAUGAUCAAGGAGUGUGGCUGUGCCUACAUCUUCUACCCACGGCCCGACGGCGUAGAGUUCUGUGAUUACAGGAAGCAUAAUUCCUGGGGUUACUGCUACUAUAAGCUCCAGGAUGCCUUUUCCUCAGACCGUCUGGGCUGUUUCACCAAGUGCCGGAAGCCAUGCAGUGUGACCAUCUACAAGCUCUCUGCCAGUUACUCACAAUGGCCCUCCGUGACAUCCCAGGACUGGGUCUUCCAGAUGCUGUCCCGACAGAACAACUACACCAUCAAGAACAAACGGGAUGGAGUUGCCAAACUCAACAUCUUCUUCAAGGAGCUGAACUACAAAUCUAAUUCUGAGUCUCCCUCAGUCACGAUGGUCACCCUCCUGUCCAACCUGGGCAGCCAGUGGAGCCUGUGGUUCGGCUCCUCCGUGCUGUCCGUGGUGGAGAUGGCCGAGCUCAUCUUUGAUCUCCUGGUUAUCACCUUCCUCAUGCUGCUCCGGAGGUUCCGAAGUCGAUACUGGUCCCCAGGCCGAGGGGGCAGGGGCACCCAGGAGGUGGCCUCCACUCCAGCCGCCUCCCUCCCCUCCAGUUUCUGCCCCCACCCGGCUUCCUCCUCCUCAUCCCCGCCGGACCCUGCCAUCUCCCCGGCCUUGUCAGCCCCUCCACCUGCCUACGCUACCCUGGGUCCCCACCCGGCUCCAUCAGGCUUGGCAGAGGCCAGCGCCUCUGCCCACGCUCCGGUAGAGCCCUGA